AUGGCUGCUAAAUUUCUUACUCUAAAUUCUACUUUUAAUCAAGUAUUUAAAUCGUGCGAUAAACAAAACUUCUCCUCAACAGCCAAAAAUAUGAAGUUGUUACAUAUAACAGAAAAGCAGUGUAAACUACAUGGAGAGAUUCAUCGGAAAAAAUUUGGAUUACUUAUUGAAGAUUUGAAAAAAGCGGUCAAUGCCAUACGAUCACACUCAGAAGCAAUAAAUACAGUACAAAAAGCUGGAGCGUUAGCAUGUGUAGACAAUGUAAUAAACCAAAAUCAGCAACUUCAAAAACAAUAUUCUACACCAUCCUUGAACGUUGUACAUGAUUUUACUGAAGUUGACGCUAUUCAUCCAGUCCGUGAACGAACAUUUUCUCAUUGGCCUCAUGACAUUUCAUUUAGAGAAAAAAUGGUUGAAGCGGGGUUUUUCAGUUGUAACGUAGGUGAUCGUGUCAUAUGUAUUUAUUGUAAUAUAGUAUGUCAACAAUGGAAAGUUCACUCAGAUGAUCCAGUAGAAAUACAUAAAAUAUUGUCUCCCAAUUGUCCUUAUGUAAAAUCAAUUUUAAGAAAAAACAUAUUAUCGAAUAGUAGUCAGAUUGUAAACGGCGGUCCAUCAUUACAAGCAGUUUCGAUCAAUGAUAAUAAUGGUACUGGGAAUAGAAAUAGUCAAUUACGCUGUGGUGAAAUUGUAUUGACAGCGGCAUGUAACGUAGCAUACGUAGAAAUUUCAAAACGACAAGCAUCAUUCGCUACAUGGCCAAAUGAACUAUUACCAUGUGUGGAUAGUUUAGUCAAAUCUGGUUUCUACUAUACAGGAACAAAAACAAUAGUAACAUGCUUCUAUUGUAAUGGUUCAUUACACGGCUGGGAACAGAAUGAUAAUCCGAUGAUUGAACACGCUCGUUGGUUUCCUCAUUGUGCUUAUGUCAGACAACUUUGUGGAGAUGAUCUUUAUCAAAAAAUUCAAGAAUCGAAACGAGAAUGUUCAAGAGCAAAUAAACAAAAAUCAAAAGUAUUGUCUAUACCAAAUAUAAAUGAGAACUCAAACAGCAACAAUAUCAGUAGUAAUUCAACAAUGAAUAGAACCGUUUCGGUUAAUCCGCAAUCAAAGAUAUUAGAUGACAGUACAUUAUUAAGAUUAGUGGCUGUUAGAUUAGAUUUACCAAUUACACAAAGUUUAUUAAGCAAAAAUUUCAAAUUGUCAAUAAUAAAGCGUUGUUACGAAGAUCAAUUGCGUUUGAAACAUGAUGACUUUGUAAGCAGUUGUGAUUUACUGUUAGCAUGCAUAAUACUUCAAAAACAAAUUGAUCAUAUCAACGGAAAGAUAGAAAACAUUAUUAUACCAAGUGUACAGAUGACAAAAAUACGAGAGAAUGCUAAAGAGACAGAAAACACUGAACCACAAAGAAUCUCAUUUUCUAUGACACCGCCAUUGUCUGCUUCAUUUUCGUCUACGGAAAAUGCUGACAUGACCUCGCUGACUAAGGAACCGUGUACUCUCACAUCGUCAAUGGAGCCGUCCCCUGUUAUUGAACCCGAAACUUUUGGCAGAUCCAAAGUAAAACAACAACAAUCACAACAAGAUCAAACGAAUACUGUAUUAAAUGCUUGUGUGAUUUGUUGGAAAGAUGAAAAACGAUUAGCUUGUAUACCUUGUGGACAUCUGGCAACAUGCGUGCCCUGUGGUCACUCAUUAAGAACUUGUCCUAUAUGUCAACGGAAUAUUGAAGCAUUUGUCCGAGUAUAUAUUUAA